AUGAUUACCAUGAGCCCUGCAUCGUCAAACACAACUUGGUCCACCAACAGCACUGAUUUUGACAUCUACUGCACUGAAAUGCCGGCUGGUGGAAUAACUUGGGGUGUCCUAAGUAUACUCUGUGCUUGUGUGGGUCUUCCUGCCAGCGUGUGGCUCAUGUGGGUGCUCGUUCAGAGACAGCGCAGUGGAUUGACCAACGACACCUACAUGUUCAACCUCACUGUCAUGGACCUGAUCUUAAAUGUUUUCACAACACCUUUCUUGAUCAAUUACUUUGUGUUAAGGAAUGACUUUUUGAAGUCACUUGGUGAACUUCUGCACUGCUUUAGUGCAAUUGGAAGACCACUGUUCAUGACAUGCAUCUGUGUGGACUGCUUCAUGGCUGUGGUUUACCCCAUUACUUAUAUGAAGAUGAAGCGCUAUAGAUACAGACUGCUGUCUUGUGUAGCAGUGUGGGGGAUAACACUGUGCGUCGGCAUGAUCAAUGCCUUUAUAUUGCAGUUCUUUUCCCCUAUCUCUGGGAUUCUGUGCUGGCUGCUUGUUCCAACCAUUGCCAUAUGUGACCUUACUAUCCUCUACACUUUGAGAAAGCCAGAUCCUUCCGGAAGGAGUGAGGUCCACCCACAAAAGCAGAGGGCUCUGCAAACCAUCACCAACAGUCUGGUUAUGACCUUGGUGUGCUACCUGCCGACAAUGGCUGUGGGUCCUUUUUUGAGCUUCAUUCCCAUGGAUCAGUUCACGUCAUGUGUAAUGAGCAUACCUUAUUAUAUUGCGCCGUUGCUUGGUGGUAUUGCCAUGCCCCUGCUCCAACUGCACAGCCUGGGGAGGCUGAGGGGUCUGCUGUACUGCACACGUGACUCUGGGUCUCCAGAACGGCCAGACCAAUGGCCUUAA